AUGGUGUUGCUGGAGAAGCAAUGGGUAAAUGUGCAAGAGAAGACUUUUACAAAAUGGCUGAAUAACAAAAUUGUCACUCGCGAAGUCGCCGUCAAAAGCCUCGUGACCGACCUUUCCGACGGCAUCAUCCUUAUCCACCUGCUAGAAGUCCUGAGCAAUGAAUCCCUCGGUCGAUACGCUUCGAACCCGAGACUGCGGGUGCAGAGAUUCGAAAAUGUCAACAAAUCGCUGGAGUUUAUCAAGAGCCGCGGGAUUCAGAUGACCAACAUCGGCGCCGAAGAUGUCGUGGACGGGAACAGAAAAAUCAUCCUCGGCCUCAUAUGGACGCUCAUUUUGCGGUUUACCAUUUCCGACAUCAACGAAGAGGGCUUGACGGCCAAAGAAGGCCUGCUCCUCUGGUGCCAGCGAAAGACCGCGUGCUACGAAGGCGUCGAAGUGCGAGACUUCUCUUCUUCGUGGAACGACGGUCUCGCUUUCUGUGCCCUGCUCGACAUCCACCGGCCCGACCUCAUCGAUUUCGACACGUUGGAUAAGUCGGAUCACAAGGGGAACAUGAAACUGGCCUUCGAUAUUGCUUCCAAGGAGAUUGGGAUUCCCGACCUGCUCGACGUGGAAGACGUUGCAGAUGUCUCCAAACCUGACGAGCGAUCUCUCAUGACGUACAUCGCCUACUGGUUUCACGCAUUUAGUGCAAUGGAAAGGGUCGAGAAUGCCGGGAGAAGAGUCGAAAAGUUUGUGAGCAAUAUGCAAGGCGCUUGGGAGAUGGAAUCCGCGUAUGAGAAAAGAAUGCGGGCUCUCCUGCAACAGAUCCGACAUCAGCGACAGACCUGGCGUGAUUCCAGGUUUGAAGGAACAUAUUCUGACGCCAAAGCCCAAGCCAAUGAACUCGCCAGCUAUAAACGGAACCAGAAACGAAGGUGGGUGGCAGAAAAGUCCGAUUUGGCAGCCCUUCUCGGGAACAUCAAGACGAAACUGUCCACAUAUCGCCUUCGGCCGUAUCAGCCACCGGCAGAGCUACGAUUGGAAGUGCUUGACCACGAGUGGGCGGCAUUGAGCACCGAUGAACACGCGAGGAGCAAACUGAUCAACGAAACCAUCCGGGACAUCAAGAACGCUCUGAGAAGGAACUUCGCGGACAAGGCCAACGACUUUGCGCUGACCCUAAACACACUCUCUUUGGCCAUAUCGGGGUUGGAGGGUGAUGUCGAAGAUCAGCUAGACCACGCGCAGCGACUGUCAGCAAACUUGGGACCGCUCGAGCAGUAUCUGGAAGGAAUAGCUAUCCUCGACGAGAAGUGCCAGGAGGCCAACAUUGAUGAAAACGACUACACGACAUACACUUACGAUGAGUUGUUGUACGAACUGAGCCUCGUAAAGACGAGCGUGCAGAAAAAGUUGACCUUUCUGGAAAACCAAAUGGUGGCGCGCAACAUGACGAAUCUGACCCCGAUUCAGCUCGAGGAGUUCGAGUCGGUGUUUCGGCAUUUUGACCGCGAUGGCACAAACACCCUGACAGAACUGGAGUUCAGUGCUGCGUUGGCGAGUCUGGGGCUGGUGUACGACGAGCAAGAGAUGCACGAGAAGUUCCUGGAAGUGUGUCACAGCGGCAUCGACCCGUCAAUGUCGCCGGUCUCUCGAAGACAGAGAGAGUCUCGUGGAGUCGGCUUCGAGCAAUUCAUUCGCUUCAUGGUCGCCGUCACCGAAGAUCAAAACAGCGCUGAACAGGUAUUCCAGUCAUUCCGUGAAGUGGCAGACGGGAAACCGUAUGUCACGGAAAUGGACCUCAGGCAUUCAUUGAUCCCAGACGACCUGAUCGAAGACUUGCUGCAAAGUAUGCCCGAACACAAGGGUCCAGACAUGGAGGCAGAUCGAGAUGUGCCCAAGUACGACUAUAUUACUUUCAUGCAGGGCAUGAUCGGGGAUGGACAUCACGAUGCUGGACAGAGAGAUGAUGAUCGAGGCAGCCGAUCAAAUGGCGUUACAACUCCCACCACGCCCAGGCGGUAA